AGGGAGGACUUGUCAUACUGUUGCUCGUGGGUGUCCUUGCGUGCGCGGAUUUUGUCAAACGCGCUUUGUUUUUGUUGUGAUUCUGGUGCGCUCCGAUUUGUGGCGGAGGGAUACACAGAGAGAGAGAGGGCCCGGGGAGGGAGAGUUUUGUAAAGACUGCGAAUGCCCAUAAAUUGAGGCCAUAUGAUGAUGCGCGUGCGGGGGCCCGUGUAUAUGCUUAAUCCCAUUUCCUUAUCCGGGUCCGUCCCGGAGGCGCGCCAUUGGCCGAGUGCCGUCACGUGGCUUCUUAACUUUGUUCACUUGACAGAAAAGUAGGAGGGUUCAACGGAACAGGAAUAACCGAAGAGUAAAGGGAUGAGAUAUAAAUUGUAGUUAUAUAUUUUCCGAGUAGGUGCAAUUCCACAAAAAGACUGACAUUAAUGGCCAUGAGCUCCUAUUUGAUCAACUCCAACUAUGUGGACCCGAAGUUCCCACCCUGCGAGGAAUACUCUCAGAGCGACUAUCUGCCCAACCACUCUCCGGACUAUUACAGCUCCCAGAGGCAGGAUCCCGCUGCCUUCCAGCCGGACUCCCUGUACCACCCACAGCCCCCCCAGAACCACCACCAGCCGCGAGUGGAGCCGCCGUACACGCAAUGCCAUCGCCCGGGACAGCCCGCCUCGGUGGUGAUGUCUCCCCGGGGUCACGUCCUCCCCUCAACCGGACUACACCCCACUCCUGUCCCGGAGCUCAGCCACCGCUGCGACUCGGUGACACCCAGCCCGCCUCCGCCCGCGUCUUCUUGCGGCCAAACGCCCAACAGCCACAGCACUUCGUCCCCUACUAGCACUCGGAAGGACCCCGUCGUGUACCCGUGGAUGAAAAAAGUCCAUGUAAACAUCGUGAACGCGAACUACUUAGGGGGGGAGCUGAAACGCUCGCGGACGGCCUACACGCGCCAGCAGGUCUUGGAGCUCGAGAAGGAGUUCCACUUCAACCGGUACCUGACGCGCAGGCGCAGGGUGGAGAUCGCGCACACGCUGUGCCUCUCGGAGCGGCAGAUCAAGAUCUGGUUCCAGAACCGGAGGAUGAAAUGGAAGAAGGACCACAAGCUGCCCAACACCAAGGUCCGCUCUGGGGCCAGCAGCAACACAAACUCCCAGGCUCUGACCGGAUCCUAGAGCCGCCCCGGGCCCCUGCAGCCCCGUUCUGUGGCCCGGUGUCAGAUUUUUUGUUCCCAAACUGAACGCCGCAGCGGCACCGGAGCCUGCACUUUUGACCGGAAUAACGCCCGUGCUCUGGAAGUGGAGAGGGAUGUCAUUGCCCCAUGAUGUUACACACUAUAAUAUGACGUUAUGAUGUGGGAGGGGUGGGGGGAGUGUUCCCAUUCACAAAACAUGAAAUGAACAAAAGUACGCGAAGGAACAAACUGAGAAAAUGACGCGGCCACUUCUUUGCUUUUAUUCUGUCUGCCCCCACCCCCUGCUUUUUUGUAUGUCUAUCUUCUUAUUUUUGUUAACUCCUCUCUCUCUUCCUCUCACGAUAGGCUCAGGAUAACGUGCCCCCGUGCGUGUGGUUUAUUUUUAUUUUCUCAACCCGAGAUUUUUUUUUCUUCUUUUUUGGUGAAGAUGGAUCCUCGUUUUCAUCUUUAAUCAUGCCAAACUCGGGCCCCAUUUGUCAUGUUUACUCUGCGGGUACAAAGCAAAGGGGUGAACUGCGGCUCUGCCCAUUACCCCCCCUUGCACCCCCCCCAUCUCCCCCACACAACCACUACCCCCUCACCCACGCCACGCGUGAUUAAAUGGAACUCACGUUUCGUCAAGAGAAGUAUUCUUACACACACACACACACACACACACACACACACACACACACACACACACACACACACACACACACACACACACACACACACACACACACACACAUGUACCUACUCUAACAUAAAAUAUUACCUCCGGUAUGAUCCAAUCUGACAGCAGGAAGUUUUCAGUCUUGCUGCUAUAAUUAUUUUUGUUUUGUUGAAUGAGAACAAUAGCUUUUCAAAUUUCUCUUCUAGUUAUUUUUGAAUUCAGAGUUGAUUGUAAAUGAUGCUGAGGACGAUAAGGAGAGUUCUUGUGGUCCGUUUAUUGUUCAUGUUGUGAUGUAAUAUACAGGGAAUUAAAGUGAAAUGAAAACAUCUUCCACUACCAAUCAAACAGGGGUUAUAAAGCUGCCUAAACACUAAUAUUCAAACCAAAAUCCUGGUACAAAUAAAACACAUUAUACACGCAGCACUAUAGAAUGUACCUAUUACCUCAGUUGUACUUAUAUAUUUUUAAUGUUUUUCUUGGUCCUCUAUUUUCUAUUGCUCGUUCAAUGAAGUGACAGCUUUACGAGCUUUUUAUAUAUUUUUUAAAUGUGUGAUUAUAAUAUUAAGACCUGCAAUACAAACUAUUCAUUUCUUGCAUGUGGACAUGUUUAAAAUAUAAUUUAAUUUUAGCCAGGGGAAUGAGAAAAAUAAGGAGCCUUUUGUUGCAUGUCUGAAUGGAUUUAAUUUUAUAUGUCUUGCUCUUUGUCCUCUCUCCGCACAUGUAAUGCGCGCACACUUCCUCUUCCCUCUCCCCUUCCUCUGUCUGUCACCUUGUUUUAUAUAUUUUAUUCUGCAAGUGUUUCUCAAUUGAUGUUAUUUUAUUUACAUUCCAAAGAUCAGUUUAUAUAUGAUGAUGAUGAUGAUGCUAACAAUUAUGCUAUUGUUGAACAUGUGUUACCUCCUCCGAUGUGUCUCUGCUUUUGCCUCCUCAGUGUCUACCUUCCUAUUAUUUGUAAAUAGUUCAUAGAAAUUUA